AUGAAGAGCAACGUAUUCGUGGGUAUCAAGGGCCACGGGGUGCUAGAAGGCGCUGCGUACCGGGAGAAGUACGACUACGUGUUGGAGGGCGUGACGAACGGGCGCUACCGGGACGCGGUGCGGGCGGCAGCGGCCGCCGGGGUUGCAGUGAGCCCACCGGAGCUGGCGGAGGUGGGGGGCGGGCCCGGGGGCGGGGCGGGGCGGCUGGGACUGGCGGCGCCGUGGCUGGAGCUGGAGAGCGCGGAGCCGGCGAUCGGAGAGGUGAGCCUGCGGGUGCUGGAGCACGAGUACGAGUACGCACGGGCGGAGGGUGUGAAGCAGCUGAUCGUGGCGCCGCCGCGAGAGCUGGGGCGGCUGAACCUGUACGCGCAGCGGCUGGGGCGGCUGCUGGCGCGGGCGGGGCGGGGGCCACCGCUGGUGUCUGUGUCGCUGCCCCUGUUCGAGGCGGGGGACCCGCUGUCGACGUGGGAGCUGUGGAACACGGUGCGGCGGCUGUGCCGGUAUCACCCGAAUCUGACGGCGACGCUUGCGGUUCCGCGAGGGCGGACGCCGGGGCACGUGCUGCGGCGGUGGCUCGCGGAGCCGGUGUCGUGCCUGCUGGUGUCGUCGUCGAUCUUCGCGACGAACCAGUACAACUACCCGGUGCUGCACAAGCACAACCAGGAGCUGAUCGGGCUGUUCCAGCGGCUGAACGGGCGCGCGGAGAGCGUAUUGGGCGAGCUGACGAUUGUGCUGCACGGCAUAGAGAAGCACGCGGAACGCGUUCGCGGGGGUGAGCCGAUCUACCUGGAGUACAUCAACUAUCUGCUGAAGAAGGGCGACCGGGCGCUGCUGCAGGCGCCGGGCGAGGAUGGUGCGCCGCGUGUAAUGCAGCCGCUACAGCCGCAUGCAGUGGACCUGUCAAGCGAGGUGUACCAGAUCUUCGAGCAGGACAAGACGAAGUACGAUCUCUACGCCAAGGCGAUCACCGCGGCGCUGCGCUCCAUUCGCAGUACCAUGAACAAGAUGUGGCUACACGAUGAUCUGAACAUCAUUGUGGUCGGUGCAGGCCGCGGCGGGCUGGUUGACCGCGCCUACACCUGUCUAAGGCAGCUUGGAAUAUCUAGAUUUAAGUUAGUUGCUCUUGAGAAGAACCCGCAGGCCGUCAUACACCUGCAGAAAAAGAACAUCGAGAAAUGGGGUAAUUCGGUUGAUAUUGUAUCCGCAAACAUGCGGGAGUGGUCCUCUAAGGUCAAGUUCGACUUGUGCAUCAGUGAAUUGCUGGGAUCUUUUGGCUGUAAUGAAUUGGCUCCAGAGUGCCUUGAGGCCUUCGAGAAGACGAACUGCACAGACCGGACAAUUUUCAUCCCACAAUCAUACACCUCGUAUGUGGCGCCAGUUUCAGCACCGCUACUGUAUCAGAUGCUCAGGAACAAAGAGGACAAUGCUCUUGAAUCUCCUUGGGUUGUCCGCAAUGUUCCUUCUUGCCUUCUGUCAACCAAAGUGUAUGAGCUGUGGAGUUUCAAGCACCCUGGUGGAACCUCCAACACCGCGCGCUCCACGGUGACUAACAUGAAAAUAAAGCACAAGGGCGAAGUCCAUGGCUUGCUGGGCUUUUUCACCGCUGAAAUAUAUGGAGAUAUCCGUCUAUCAAUUCUUCCUGAUGAUUGUAAAAUUAAAUUACGCGGUAGCGCGCCAGAUUCUGAUGGUCGCCGAAAGAGUGUCGACCUUGAUUCAAAACUCGGACACACUCCGAAUAUGUCAUCCUGGUCGCCUAUCUUCUUCCCAUUAUUAUAUCCAAUGUUUGUGGGCGAUGAUACUGAGCUAGAGCUAACAAUGUUGCGGAAUAGGUGCAUGAGAGGUGUUUGGUAUGAGUGGUCAUUGAGCAGCUACGUAUAUAACGCAAUUUCGCAAGAUCGGAAGCCUGGUAGCUUUCUGAAAGGAACACAGCAGCUGCUAAACAGCAAACCUGAGCCGAACUUUAAAGAUACGUUCACCAGGUCGAAGAAACACGAUGGACUGAACAGUGUCAUGUUAGAUUUACAAAACACUGCUACCAUAUUAAAUGCUGGAGAUCUCGGUGAGCCGCGGGAAGCUCAAUAUGACGGUAAUAUCGAGGAAAACAGCGCGUCCACGGAAUUGCUGAAAAGGACAUUUGUAGGGAAGAGCGAAUUUAUUAGUCCAGAGUUAACUGGAUGGCAGAGUGUGCACGAUGUGCACGAAUUGGGCCAAACUAUGACAGAAAAACCUAAUAAGGGGGAUUAUAACAAUAGUGAAUAUGAAGAUAAGGACUAUUCCAAUUAUGAAGAAUAUCACGUAAGAGUACGGACAAAUACCACUGAGUUACACAAUAUUGGCGGUCAUGCCUACAUGAUUAAAUUGUAA